AUGUGGAUUUUGAUUUGUUUGAAAGCGGCGGCGGUGCAGGGCUCGCAGCCUCAGCAGCGGCAGCAGCAGCAGCAGCAGCAGCAGCAGGCGGGCAUCCCUCUGUCUGUCGUAAAGCUCUGGGCAUCAGCCUUUGGGGGAGAAAUCAAAUCCAUUUCAGCCAAAUACUCCGGAUCCCAGCUGCUGCAGAAGGAGCUGUUAUCCAUUACUUCACCUCGAAACUCGUCUGACCCGAGCCCCCCCAUGAAAGGAGCGACCCGGAUCGGCUCCAGGACCUAUUGCCCCGGGGGCUGGAAGGAUGCGGCUCCCAGGGGCCCCCGCAAACACGGGGAGGGGGUUCAAGUGGGCUUCAGGAAGGCAAUCCUUAACUCUAAUCCCACAUGUCCAGAGAAACCCAAAGAGUUAGUGAAGGCUGUAAAGGUUGAGGAAAUAGAUGGCGUGAAGCUGGUGAAGAACCUGGCAGUGAGGAUGGAAGAGAUGUUCAGAAAAAAAUCUGAAGCCACAAGGAGGCUCGUGGAGGCGGCGGAGGAUGCGCACCAUCAACAUGAGGAGAACCCGGACCUGCAGUAUGAGUACUUCAACGCUGUGCUGAUCAAUGAAGUGGAUGAUGAGGGCAAUAACGUAGAGCUGGGAGGAGAGUUCGUCCUGGAGCCCAAUGACCAUUUCAAUAAUCUCUCUGUCAACCUGAGCCUGAGCGUAGUGCAGGUGCCCACCAACAUGUACAACAAAGAUCCUGACAUCGUGAACGGCGUCUACUGGUCUGAGGCGUUGAAUAAAGUGUUUGUGGAGAAUUUUGAGAGGGAUCCAACGCUAAUCUGGCAGUAUUUCGGAAGUGCCAAAGGCUUUUUCAGGCAGUACCCUGGUGUUAAAUGGCAUCCGGAUGAACAUGGGGUCAUAGGCUUUGACUGCAGGAACAGGAAGUGGUACAUUCAGGCUGCGACAUCGCCCAAAGACGUUGUGAUUCUUGUGGACGUUAGUGGCAGCAUGAAAGGACUGAGGCUGACCAUCGCCAGACAAACUGUGUCCUCUAUCCUGGACACGCUCGGAGAUGAUGACUUCUUCAACAUCAUUGCAUAUAACCAGGAGAUCCACUACGUUGAACCUUGUCUGAAUGGGACCCUGGUUCGAGCUGACAGGGCCAAUAAAGAUCAUUUCCGGGAGCAUCUGGACAAGCUGUUUGCCAAAGGGAUCGGGCUGCUGGGGGAAGCUCUCGCUGAAGCAUUUACAAUCCUCGGUGAUUUCAAUUCGACCGGUCGAGGCAGUGUCUGCAGUCAGGCCAUUAUGCUGGUCACUGAUGGAGCGACUGAAAUGUAUGACGAUGUCUUUGAGAAGUACAACUGGCCGGAGCGAAGGGUGCGCAUUUUCCCUUACCUGAUUGGACGAGAGUCUGCCUUCGCUGAUAACCUCAAAUGGAUGGCCUGCGCCAACAAAGGGUACUUCAGUCAGAUCUCCACUUUAGCUGAUGUUCAGGAGAACGUGAUGCGAUACCUUCACGUGAUGAGUCGGCCAAAGGUGAUUGACCACGAGCACGACACGGUGUGGACCGAGGCCUAUGUGGACAGUGCGCUCUCACAGGCUUACAAGAUGAGAGACAAGUCAGGGCCCAGUCUGAUGACCACAGUCGCCAUGCCUGUCUUCAGCACCAAGAACGAGACUAAGAAUCAGGGAAUUCUGUUGGGGGUGGUUGGAACAGACAUCCCUCUGCAGGAGCUGAUGAAGCUGAUCCCAAAGCAUAUGCUGGGGAUCCAUGGAUACGCCUUUGCCAUUACAAACAAUGGCUACAUCCUUAUCCACCCAGACCUCAGACCUCUGAGAAUGUGUUUUGUGUAUCAGGAAGGUCAGAAGAGGAGGAAACCCAACUACAGCAGCGUGGACCUGUCCGAGGUGGAGUGGGAGGACAAAGAUGACAUAUUGCGUAAUGCGAUGGUGAACAGGAGGACGGGCACAUUCUCCAUGGACGUCAUGAAGACUGUGGACAAAGGGGUAUCUGUGCCAAGGCGUUUAUUGAGGAUGCACAAUGACUAUUUCUACACGGAGAUAGAAGGCACUCCAUUCAGUCUGGGAGUGGCACUAUCCAGGGGUCAUGGCAAAUACUUCUUCAGAGGAAAUGUGUCGGUGGACGCAGGACUCCGUGAUCUGGAACAGCCAGAUGUCGCCCUGGCAGACGAAUGGACGUACUGCAACACAGAGGAGGAGCAUGAGCACCGCCACCUCACCCAGAUCCAGGCCAUCAAGCUGUUCCUGACAGGAAAGAGGACGUACCUCAAAUGUGACAGAGAACUGAUCCAGGAGGUGCUCUUUGAUGCUGUGGUCACCGCUCCUCUGCGCUCAUACUGGACUGGGCUCGCACACAACAAGUCUGAAAACUCAGACAAAGGGGUUGAGAUUGCGUUCCUCGGCACGCGCACUGGCCUCUCCCGCACAAACCUGUUCGUGCCCGCGGAUCAGCUUUCGAAUCAAGACUUCCUGACGCACGAAGACAAAGAGGGAGUGUUCAACGCCGAUCACUUCCCCCUGUGGUACAAGACAGCCGCGGAGCAGGUCCCGGGAACGUUUGUCUACUCCAUCCCUUUCAGCACCGCUUUUGAAAACAAGAGUGUGGUCCUUGCCAGCACCGCAAUUCAACUCACAGAUGACAGAAAGUCUCCGAUUGUUGCUGCUGUUGGAAUCCAAAUGAAGCUUGAGUUUUUUCAGAGGAAAUUUUGGACCGCCAGUCGACAAUGUUCGGCUCUGGAUGGAAAAUGCAGUCUUAGCUGUGAUAACGACGACCUUAACUGUUAUCUCAUCGACAAUAAUGGCUUCAUUCUGGUGGCAGAAGACACAACCCAGACCGGACUCUUCUUUGGGGAGGUGGAGGGUGCAGUCAUGAGCAAGCUUCUUAUGAUGGGAACUUUCAAAAGGAUCACAUUAUAUGAUUAUCAGGCCGUGUGCCGAGAGUAUGCCGGCAGCAGUGACAGCGCGCACACUUUAUCAAACCCCUUUACUGUUGUCAAAUGGCUACUGGCGGAACUUGUGGUUUUUCUGCUGGAAUUUAAUGUCUACAGCUGGUGGAACAUCGACGCUUCAGUGAAAGCCCAGAGAAGUCGUGGGAAAACCAUCAUGGUGCCUUGUGACACUGAGUAUCCAGCCUUCGUCUCCGAGCGCUCCAUCAGAGAGACAUCAGGCAGCGUGGACUGUGGCGGCUGCAUCAGGUCUUUUGUCAUUCAGCAAAUCCCCAGCAGCAACCUCUUCAUGAUUGUGGCGGACACUAAAUGCGACUGCAGCAGCGCGCCUGCCGUCACCAUGGACCCCAUCGAAAUCAUGUAUAUCCUUUUAAUGUCCUGCAUGUGGACCGUGUUUGUUGUUACUGUUUACCCUGUUUUUAUCCUUGACUCCUGUGAACAUAACGAAUCUCUGAAGUGCGACAGACUAAAGUAUCAGAAGGACAGAAAAAAGCCGGAAUCGUGUCAUCCCUUCCACCCUGAGGAAAAUGCUAUAGAGUGUGGUUCAGCAACACGUCCCUCCUUCCUCUUCACAUCAGCUCUGCUUCCCCUGAUCGCUGCUGUCUUCUCCAGGUGA